CAGCCCCAUGGACACCCUGAGUCUCAUCAGCCUGCACUGCUCUCAUCUGGUGUCCGGCGCGGCGGCGCCAGCCAGCCCCCCCGAGACUGGGGCAGGGCCCCCGACGAGGUCCCCCUGCCCCCUCCCCAUAGACUUCAGUGGCGACCCGCCCAGAGAGGCCGGGGCAGCGGCGCAGGAGGGGCGGAGCGGGGAGCCAGGGGCCGGCGGCCCCAGCCAGCCUGAGCCGGGCUGCAGGAGGAGAAAUCCCCGCAAGCAGCCCGCACCCAGCCGGAGCGCUGAGGCCCGAGACCCCUCUUUCCAGGGGGUGACCCUCUGCAUGCGCCUGUGUCUUUGCCAAGGCAGCUCCGAUGGGUACCAGCUCCUCAUCCGCCCCCAGUUCAGCAGUGCCACGUGCGGGAAAAGAAGCCGUAACCCAAAUCCAAGUCCCAUCUCUUUAACAAGAGAAUUCUGCAGAGCCAGCAGUUCUGAGGAGGAUCAAGGCUCCCUCUCUGUCCAGAGCGCUAAGUGUUGCGCUUCCUGCCAGACGAGGAAAACUCCCCUGUGGAGGAUUGCUGAGGACGGCAUCCCACUCUGCAACGCUUGUGGCAUCAGGUACAAAAAGUACAGGAUACGAUGUUUCCGCUGCUGGAAUAUCCCGAAGAAAAGUGGAAAACCUUACUCCCGUUGCUCUAACUGCGGAGACAGACUGCGCGUGGCCGUGGCCCAGCAGAGAACCGGGAAAAGAAAAUGCGACGACCUCCUUAAAUCUCAAGCAAGGACUCUUUGCUAUUAGCCGGGCGGCGGGCUGCGAAGCAGAGGGCACUGGUAUCUGCUGGAGUGAGCAGGAGACCAGCACGGCCCUGCAGUCUGAGCGGAGGGAUGCGAGACGCGUUGGCUCAGUCCAGUUGCCUUUAGGACCAGUUGUUGCUUUUCCCCUGCCUCUCGGGCUGCUGUGUUCUGUAAAACGAAUGUUCGAUCCUGCCUUUGUUUGCGCGAGCGACUCGGGAAGUGGACGAGAAAAUGAACCCAGGUUUUUGCACAGGUGAUGUUGUUACAGAGCUUGAAUGAGGGGUGGGAAAAUAAGAGUUUGACUCUUAAGCUUGCUCCUGGCUCACCUGGCAGGUGUGAGUGUGGGGGGCUGCUUGUUCGGACCCCAGGACACCCUGGCCAGCAGUGAUACGCCCGGGGCCUCACCUGUCUUGACUGUAGAACAGAUCACUGCAGCGAGGCUCUUUCUAGCAGUGGGGCAAAUGCAGACUCCAGAAUAAAUGGAGAUCAUUCCGGAUGUUAAAGAAAAUAACAUAUUAGCUCCAUUCAGAUAGUAACUUGCACCUGAGGCAGCAACAAUCGCUGCUACGGACAUGAGCCGAACAUGUAGAUUCUGGCAAUGCUUAAAAAACCCGCUCAGAAUGAAAUGAAGCUUUGUUAAGGGGUUAGAUCAAUAUUCGUUCAUGGGCCCCAAUGAAGAGCUUUCCUGUUAACGUGCUGAUGUCUUUCCAAGGAGAGACACGAAGACUUGUAAACUUGCAGGGCUCAGACUUCAAAGCUUUUAUAUUUGCUAAUUUAAAAAACUAAAUAACAACAAGUUAGUUGGGGAUAAUGAAUAUGGAACCUCGUUUGUUUUGUGGCACUAAACUUAGUAAGGGUUGCACUUUUUGAAUAGAGAGAUUAUCUCCUUCGUUAGCUUGUUCUGCAUUUCAGAAACUUAUGUCCAUUCUCAAUUAGUUUGUUACUUAAAAUAGUACCUAUGGGGCAUUCUUGUACAAAAUGAUUAUCUUGAUAUAUUUAUAUGUGUAAAUAAUAUAUUUAUUUUUGCAGUGCGGCACUGUUUACACACACACACACACACACACACACUUUAUGUGCCAAGUUGUGAACUUGGAUGAAAAUGGCCAUGUUUUCUCCUUUCUGGUACAAAUGUUCAAACGCUCCAGCGUGGUGACAAUGCGGGGAAGAUGUGGUUUAAGAUGAUUGGGUGUUGGGUUUUUUGGCUUUCGUUCAGGAGUGAAUCUAAUGGUUGCACUUUAGAAUAAAACUGGCUUCUUGUUGCUGUGUAUGGAAAGACUCUACUCGGGCGUCCCUUUUGAGUUUCGAUGUGACAUGUUGGUUUCUCCCGGGAGAUAUAAAGCCAGGCCUCCCCUAUUCACAGCUGAGUCAAUCCAUUUGAGGCGCUAUCUCAGUGGUUUACAAGCGGCAAAAAGAGUCUUGAAAUCAAUGGGUGUUAGAUGCUUAAACACCUUAGAGGAGCCAGGCCUAAGUGACUUAGGAGCCUAGCUGUCUCCAAGAGCUUUACCCAUGAGCAAUCCCAUCUCUACUCAACACAGCACUUAAGCAUGUGCUUAAAGUCAAGGUCUUUGCCAUAUCGGGGCCUUAAUAGGAGGCCUAGAGGCAGUGAAUUCAGAUGUUCCAUGGCUGGAUGCAGUAGUUAUUACUAGAGAAACCAUCUCAGGGGCAUUAUUUUCCUGUCUCUGGCCAGUGACUAUGGACGUGGUUUAUUCUGCCGAUGAACUUCUCAAAACAACGAAAACCCUGAGAAUGGACUGGUCCCUGCUUUUGCACAGAAAAGCCCCCCUGUGAAAAGGGAGUGGGAAGCUUAGAAGUGUUGACCUCGGAAAGGCGAAGAAGUGAGGUCGGUACAUAAAAUAAAGAAUGGGCAGAGAAAGGAGAGCGGGAGUUUCUGGUCUUCCAUGUCUCAUCACGCAAGGGCCAGGGGAUGUUCAGUUAAAAGAUGGCCACUUCAAAACUGAUGGAAGCAAAUGCUUUUUCAUACCGUGUGAGUAGUCUGUGGAACUCACUGCCACUGGAAGUCAUGGAAGGCAAAAAAAUUAGCAAGAUUCAAAGGGGAAUUGGAAAUUUAUAUGGCUAGCAAGAGUAGCUGGAGUUCUCCUAAUUAGUUAUACAGAAUUGGGGAGGGAUUUUGAACCUUGUGCUUCAGGGUUUAAGCCCAUCUAACUAGUAGACACCAUCCCACAUCUACUCCUGGGGUGGGUGUGGUUCUUGUGCCUUCCUGUACAGCACCUGGACUGGGCACAGUCGGAGAUGGAGCUUGGGUCUGAUCCAGCCUUGGGAUUCCUGUUGAUGCUGUUUCUUAUUUACGCUGCUUGGUGGUGCUGUUGCUUCUGCUAACUAUUAAGGCUCUGAUUCAGCAAAGCGGUGGGGCUUGUGGCUGACUUUAAUACCGGGUUUAACUCCACUGAA